AUGGGUUUGUCGACUACAUCUCAAUACAUACGGCUUGAUUCUGGCCCCAAAGAAGGCAAGAUAUAUCUGUAUGCUGAAUGCGACGAUGGAGACGACUGGAAACUCAGCAAGAUCUGCCUUGACGACUACCUUGGGAUCAGCCAGGGUUGCAAAGGAUUCGACACCACGUCAGAAAACACUGCCUCAGCCCAGAACAAAUUGUUAACUUCGUAUUUCGUGCCAGGCAGCCUCGUUCUCAAGGAUGGAUCUGUGCUGCAUGGAAAGGUCCGUGAGGAGGAUGGUGGGUGGGAUACGUCCAUAUACCUUGACAUUCUCUUCGACAAUGACGCUGGAACAUUGAAAAGAUGGGAAUGGCCAAACUCUCUAGUGGCAACGGCAGGGUUGCUCGGCGCCAGUAGUGACGGAAAGUCCUUGACAGGGCUACUUCUAUCCCCGAAUGGCAAACUGACUACUUCCGAGCUAUUGAUGGGUGGAAAGUGUGACUACUUUGAUGUCAUGGAUGAGCGUGGAGUGCGACCCAGUUCCGACGGCAGCGUCGAACGCGUUUAUCCCCUUCUUCACGACAGAAGCGAGCUAGUGUUGGGCUGCUUACUUUUCGAAAAUAGAAGUCAUGGGUUUGGUAGCAGAAGCGGAUCCGUCUCUCUGCGCAAAUAUCUCAGUAAUUCCAAGGGAACCUUAUCGAUGGAUGAGCCAAGCCAAGUUUCGAAUGGUGAUCUCCCCGCUACAGUAAUCGCGGACUUUCAAAAAGAGUUACCUAAUGUGGCAUUUGGCCUUGCGGGAAAGGAAUCAUUAGCCAAUGAGACAACUAGACCCUUCGCGCUAUGCAUCUAUACCGCUGUGAUGACUUGUGGCGCCGUCCUAAAUCGCAUCAUCUUUGGGAAGGUAGGAACUGGGUAUGCAGCUGCUCUUGCCUUCAAGGCUGGAUCGACCGUCAAAUCUGCUACCGGCCCUAUUAUACGAGACCCUAAGAUGAGUGACGAGGUAGCGGCGGUGGCCAUCUACAGGGUUCUGAAGGAAGAGAUUCCAGCCAUCACUGGGACGACGGUCAAGGAGGUAUUGAACAUGUCGACUGAGCUUCAAGGGGGUUCGUAUGACGAAGAAAAAUAUGUAUCCCCUUACACAAAAUCCACUCUGGCAGCAGCAGACCUUCGUGACAUUGACAAAGCGGUAUUCGACGGCGCAAUGGGCGGAUGGGGCCGGAUCAUCACCUCGGUUGAAAAGGCCCUUACCGAGGACAUGUCCGAGGAUGACCUCAAGCAUAUGUUCGAUGACAAAAAUCACGAUGGAGUAGACCUCCUUGAUCCGCCCGCAACAGGCGAGAAAGACUACAUAUCCGAUUGGGUACAGAGUAUAAAAGACAUCCAGGCUGAACUGUACCUUCUUGAACCGGAUAUCGGUGCUUCCGCCGAAAAGAGCACUAAUAACGCACUGGAAGCCAUAUCUAACGGACUUGAUGGACUGAAUCAACUUCUCGAUUUCUGGCCGGAUUAUAAAGGAGAUGAUGAAACCAACGAGACGCGCACGUCAAUCAUCAAUUCCGCCACAGAACUCAUCGAAGGUGGAGUCAAGGACGUGAAAGAAACAGAUCAGGACACCUCGGUCCUCGACAAGGUGCACACGCUCGAAGAAAAACUAACUGGCCUAAAAACCAAAUUCCAUGAAGAAACAACUGUGGAGAAAGCUGAGCUAGACAAGAUAAAGUCUGAGCUACCAACGGUGGUUGAGAAGAUGUUUGCUGAUUGGAAACUAUAUCAAAGCGCACAAGGCGCAUUAUUGGUCAAGAUUCGAGACUUAGGGAACGCAGAGCUAAAACACGAUGUUGAUGCAUCCAUUCAAGCCGGUGUGACAUGGUACAAGGAUCUUCUUCGAAGACGCACUUCUGCCCUUGAAGAACCUCAGAGCCUGGCUGACGCGGCAGCAGCAACUUACCUCAAGUCUGAGAAGAUAGUGGUCGACCUACAGGCUCAUCAGGCAAAAUUGAACAACGUCAGUAAACUUCGAUUCUCAGUCGAUCGUGAGAUUGCCAAAGCAGAGAUGAUUAUUGGUGACCUGAAAAUCAUGAUCAACGGAACAAAGCAGCAAGAAGAUCGAAUUCUGACCGUAACUGAUCUCCUUUCAUCCACUUUCAAUGAUUUGCUGCACGUUGGUGAGCCCCCGUAUCAUCGACAGGACCGGAAGAUUGAAGAUCAAUUGUGCACAACGGUGUUGAAGGCCCAUCGGGAAUCUUUGAUUGAUCUAGCUUUUGUCGACAGUGCAAAGAAGGCCGUCACGACGAUUCAAAGUUGGUUUGAUGAUGACAUGCCCAAGAAAGUCCAGGAGGAGAUUGAUGCCAUUACGAAGAAUCCAUUGUAUCAGUCACAAGCAAUUGACGAUGACGACGGCGUUCCUCUAGUUGGUGGAGGUCGAUAA